AUGGUUCCACUGGAUAUGACACUGUUUUCCCUAAUACCACUGACAUCGCCGAACAAUAAAACUGAAUUUCGUGGAUACGCUAUCAACAACUGCAAAACAACGAAUCUAACAAUCGGGAUAUUGUACAAGGAUGUGGAUGGCAAGGAUAAUGUAACAUGGGCUGAUACUGGAUAUUCUAGCAACAACAAUGACGAUACAGGUGAACAUUCAAAGAACAUGCCAGAUAAUAAAAUAUUUAACACUAAAAGCGAUAUAGCAUACAGGGUACAUGAUAAUUUUGUAUAUCUCGGUGUUAAAAAUUUACCAAGCUCUGAGAGUGACGGUGUGUUUUCGUUCGAAGCAACAAAAUUUGCAAUAGGUUCCAGGGCUGCAAUUGUUGUGACAUCAUCAUUGGCUACCAUUAGAAUGCAGUUUCGAACGCUGACUGUCGGCAUUGGGGAAUCUGCCACUAUUAGCCUCAGUGAAGAUGGCGGUUAUAACGAUUUACGCUGGAAACAUAAUUAUGGUGACGUAAUUCAAAUGUGGAACGGUAAUUCUUCCAUUACGAUUGAAAAUAUACGAGCUAAAGAUGACGGGGUAUAUGAAUGUUAUAGAAGUGGUAGUCCUGAUGACAACCACGGAGUAAUGAGACUCAUUGUCAGAGAUUGUCCACUGCCAAAAUGGAGACCCCCUGAAUGUGAGAUGGAUUGUCCUGUGUGUUAUAACGGUGGAGUUUGUGACGACAAGACCGGUAUAUGUAUAUGCCCUGCAGGCUUCAAAGGAGAAAACUGCCAAACAUCUUGUGGAAGCAACAACUGGGGUCGUAAUUGUGAUGUUGUUUGUACUACUGGAGAUGGUGAAGCUUGUAAAGGAAAGCUUUUUUGUCCUCCUGAUCCAUUCGGAUGCACCUGCAUCGACGGAUAUGAAGGCAACGAUUGCAAUACAGCAUGUGCUAACAAUCACUAUGGAGCAGAUUGCCGUCAAGUAUGUCAUUGCGAUUCAGGUGAAUGUUACAGAAAGACAGGGGAUUGUACAUCCGGGUCAUCUUGUUUGACUAAUUACACAGGACCAGCGUGUCAAGAAUUACUGCCAGGCCUGUCCUGUCCAUCUGGUUUCUUUGGAGUGUUGUGUAACUAUCCAUGUCAUUGUAAAGACUCAGCUGAUUGUUAUCGUGAUGGAAGCUGUGAAAAUGGAUGCCAUGAAGCAUGGGCUGGAGGGGACUGCAGCAUAGCACUACCUUACAGCUGCAAACCGCCAACACAAUUGAAUCAAACAGCAACCACCCUAAAGAUUGCCGCCUGCAGCUGGGAUCCAGUUCAAGACUUUGGAACAGGGACUAUUACUGGAUGUAAGCUAUGGUAUAAAACAUCACAGACAAGUACGUUCACUACAGUUAAUAAUACUGAAAAUGGUGUAUAUAUCAUCGACAAUCUUACACUACACACAACUGUUGAAUUCUACACACAACACUCAAGAUUAGUUGGCGGCGUAGAAACCGAUGGACCACCUAGUGAACAUGGAUCAGCAGAGACUAUAUGCACAAAGCCUUUAGAAGAGCCAGAAAUAGAAUCGACAACAGUUAAAGGUAAUGAGAUUAUCUUAAAAUUGAAGCCUGUAUCAAAUGCUCCCGAGCAAAUCCAAUGCGAUGAUAUACUUCGUUAUCAAGUGCGACACCAAAACAAAAAUGGAAAUGAACAUGACAUUGUCAACACAACGGAUGGCUUACAAACAGAAGUCAACAUUUCAGGAUUAUCACCAGGAUGUGUUUUUUAUCACGUCGACUCUAGAGUUGUUAAUAAUGCAGAAAUUACUGGAGAUUGGGGAAAGCCAAUAUCGGUACAAUCAGCGCCCUCAGCGCCCUCAAUUACCAACGAUUCAGUACUGGAAAGAACGUUUUUAUUAAUGAAAUGGAAUGCUGCUACCUGUAACAGCACUCAGUUUAACUUGAGUUACGAUUAUCAACUAGAAGGAGUCCACCAAGGAAGUACAACAAAAACUGAAGUUCUUAUAGAUGACGGAAUCGUACCUUGUACUCAGUACACAUUUUCAGUUUCAGCAUCGCAUAUGAACGUUAGCAGCAAUACUGAUAUUAUGGAGGUCAUGUCUGGUGUUGACU